GUCUGGCCUGUUCUGCUGAUUCCUGUGCCUGUCCUGGCUCCUGUGCUCCUCCCAGCCUGCGAGCUCAGGCUGUGUCUUUACUCUCAGCUUGCUGUCUGUCCAACUUGCUGUGAAUGGGACACCUCCAGAAUCAACAUCUGCUGACUGCCUUGUCCAGCACUCCAACUUUGUCUUCCAUGAAGAACUCCAUAGCCAGUGUCCAUCAUUAAUUAUAAUGUACUCAUACUUCUUGAAGUAUUCUGGGCACACAAUAGCUGGACCCCUCUGCCUCAGGGUAGCUCAGAUGGAUUGAAUCUUCUGUGUUGAAUGCCUCUGGAUUUCCUAUUGGAUUUCACAUCUGGGGAAAUACUUGUGAUUUAAGCCACUGUGGCAGACUGAAUUGUGGAUCCUGGGUUCCCAAGACUUUAGCUCUUGAGGAGAAGCCACUGCUCGAUCACGUUAACCUGACAUCUCAGCCACGAUGGUGCUGUCACAAAGGCAACGAGAUGAACUAAAUCGAGCGAUAGCAGAUUACCUCCGUUCCAAUGGCUACGAGGAGGCAUAUUCCGUUUUUAAAAAGGAAGCUGAAUUAGAUGUGAAUGAAGAGUUAGAUAAAAAGUAUGCUGGACUUCUGGAAAAAAAAUGGACAUCUGUUAUAAGAUUACAAAAGAAGGUAAUGGAAUUAGAGUCGAAACUGAAUGAAGCUAAGGAAGAAUUUACAUCAGGUGGACCUCUUGGUCAGAAACGAGACCCUAAGGAGUGGAUUCCUCGUCCUCCAGAGAAGUAUGCAUUGAGUGGGCACAGGAGUCCUGUCACUCGAGUCAUUUUCCAUCCUGUUUUCAGUGUUAUGGUCUCUGCUUCAGAGGAUGCCACAAUAAAGGUGUGGGAUUAUGAGACAGGAGACUUUGAGCGAACCCUGAAGGGGCACACAGACUCUGUGCAAGAUAUUUCCUUUGACCACACUGGCAAACUCCUGGCCUCCUGUUCUGCUGAUAUGACCAUUAAGCUAUGGGAUUUCCAGGGCUUUGAGUGCAUCAGAACUAUGCAUGGUCAUGAUCAUAACGUUUCUUCGGUAGCCAUCAUGCCCAACGGUGAUCAUAUAGUUUCUGCCUCAAGGGAUAAAACUAUCAAAAUGUGGGAAGUCCAGACAGGUUACUGCGUGAAGACUUUCACGGGGCACAGAGAAUGGGUGCGCAUGGUGCGGCCCAACCAGGACGGCACCUUGAUUGCCAGCUGCUCCAACGACCAGACGGUGCGCGUGUGGGUGGUAGCGACAAAGGAGUGCAAAGCUGAGCUCCGAGAGCACGAGCAUGUGGUAGAGUGCAUUUCCUGGGCUCCCGAGAGCUCCUACUCCACCAUAUCAGAAGCUACAGGAUCAGAGACUAAGAAGAGUGGCAAGCCUGGGCCUUUUCUGCUGUCUGGAUCCAGAGACAAGACCAUUAAGAUGUGGGACAUUAGCACUGGCAUGUGCCUUAUGACACUUGUGGGCCAUGAUAACUGGGUACGUGGUGUCCUGUUCCAUUCUGGGGGAAAGUUUAUUUUGAGCUGUGCUGAUGACAAGACUCUCCGUGUCUGGGACUUCAAGAACAAGCGGUGCAUGAAAACCCUCAACGCGCACGAACACUUUGUUACCUCUUUGGAUUUCCACAAGACAGCCCCAUACGUGGUGACUGGGAGUGUAGAUCAAACAGUAAAAGUGUGGGAGUGCCGCUGAUGGAGUUCACAGUGACCCCUUUUCCUCUGGAUGCACUCAGAUACCAUGGUUACCCAUUGAGCUCUGUUUAAAUAAAUAUUGUCCUUUCAUGUAAAUUAUUCUGGAUGUAGAUUGAGCUUAUUAAAUGUUACACACAAAGUAUUCAUGCAUGGUGAAUCCAAAUUGUAUACUGUAAAUUUACAUACGUUGUCUAGAAGUACCAUAGGUUUAAGAACAUGGGCUGGCAUUGGUCACAUCAGACCUGAGAAGGCAGAAGUGGGAUGCUUGGAAUAGGGCACUUAACUGAAUAGUUGACAGUGUCGUUAUGUCGGAUAAUUAUACCUGUUUUUCUUUCUGCUGUCUGUUGGUGCCUGAAUUGGUGACCUCAUUUGGGAAAAGUUUUGUAGGGCUCUUUCAGAAAUGUGUAUCUAUGUAACAUCACUUAAGUGUGCUUAAUAAAUCUUCUCUAAGAAUACUAGAUAAUAAGGCUGCAAUUCAGAAUCUUCUGAACCUUAUAUGUAAUUAAUGGAAAUUAAUUAAACUCUGGAAUAUUUGUCAUGAAACAUUUGCCAAAUCAACAGAAAACACUUGUUUUGGCCUCCUAUCACACAAGGGUUGGUAUAUUUAUAGAACUGACUGUAAACCUGAAAUAAGACAACAAAUCUUAGUCGCAGCUGAUGUGAUAAAUGUAUUUAUUUUUUAUUUGGUCAUUCAAUGGUUAAGCUGUGCUGUUGAACUAAGUUUAAAUGGUUUUUUGUUUGGAUUUUUUAAUGCUAGACGAACUUCCAGGAGGAGUUGUCCAUCCCACUAGAGUUUAGUGAUCCAGUUUCCAGUAGAGCUUCCUCUCCCAAAUGACUGCCGUGGUCCAACUUGCUGUUUGCUUUCCAUGUUUGUUAGAGAUGUGAAAUUCCUAUUACACAGCAGGAUCAAAAGACACUUCCCUCAUUCACUGGCAGGAAAUUGGGGUAUACAAAAGCUUCUUGGUUUCCUUAGUGCCUCCCUGGACAAUGAGGUGAUCCUCACCUUGGCAAUAUGGCUCCAAUAAAAACUUCCUGGGCUUUGCAAGUGGAGAAGAACCUUGGGCUGCAGCAUUGAAAUACUUUAAAGGAAGCACUAAGUAUCUUGAGAAUCAGUUGACAAUGGCAGGUCAGAUCCAUGCAGGCUUCUAAAAGAAAGAUGCCGUGAACAAAGCCCACACCCAGUUGUGGGAAUGAUGCUAAAAGUUAAAACCAAACCCAAAUCCUAUCAGCAAAACCAGCCCCGCUCAGUUAUUAGUAUUUAUGUUGUUUGGUGUACACAAUUUUUAAUUUGCAUAUCCCUAGGGUUACAUAUUUUGAUCUGAAAUUAAUGAAAUAUUAUGAAUUAAUAUUUUAAUCAGCAUUUUGGUGACAUAUUCCAUUGUAGAUAACCAAGAAUUACAGUACUUAUCAAACUAACCAGGUAUUUUUAAAAAUCAACUUUAAAAUUGACAAUACAAUGAAGUACCAGGCUGAUGUUUUAACAGGUGGAUUUGUGCUUUAUUUUAUUCCUUUGGUUUAAUCCAUGGCUUUUAAAAUGUCCUUUUUAAAGCUGAGAGUCCCUGACCAGCAUAGGGUGGGCUGGAGGGUGAACACACUGCACUGGUGAGGGGGAAACUUCCACAGUCAGCCCUGAAGGACCCGUUGUUCUGUGGGAGGAGCUGGAUUGGAGCGUGGGAUUCUCUGGGAAGCGGUGGAGAAAGUGGGAUUCUGAUGUGGGGGUUUUCAGAGCCAGUUUAAGAUCCAGGCUGAUCUCUUAAAGCCAGUGGUUUCUGUCAUUCUCAGUGUGUGUUGCUGCAUAAGCAUGCACGAAUAAAGUCUGUUUUGUUUGUUAGCUGCUUGGACUGGAAACAUUUGCUGCUUUUUGUCCUAUUGGAGAAUUUCCAGAUACAAAAGUAGUGCAUCUUAAAUCCCUCCAUGCAUCUGCAACUGUAAAGUAAUGACAUCUGUUUAAUUCCUGGUAGGACCUAGAAACUUUAUUUAAGUCUAAAGUAAACCACCCUCAUGUACAUAACUCAAACCUGAAUGAGAAAUUAAAGGUACCUGUGAUGUGGAA